AUGGUUAACUGGUCUUCGAAUGUCGAUGAAAGAGUCUUCGUCAACAGAUCUCUCCGAUUGGAGAAGAUCACUCAUUUUGGGUUCGAUAUGGACUACACCCUAGUUCAGUACAAGACUCCAGAUAUGGAGUACCUCGCAUUCAACAUGGCCGUUCAACGCUUGGUAGACACUGGAUAUCCAGAGGAAAUCUUAAAUUUCAAAUACGAUCCAAUUUUCCCAGUUCGUGGUCUCUGGUUUGAAUUCCAAUAUGGUAACUUGCUCAAAGUUGAUGGAUUUGGAAAUAUUCUUGGUGGAAUUCAUGGGCUGCGUUUCUUGAAGAACCAUGAAAUCGAGGAGAUGUACCCGAACAAGUACCUUCCACUCUCCGACUCCCGUGUCUAUGUGCUGAACACGUUGUUCAACAUGCCAGAAACGCAUCUUAUCUGUCAGCUUAUUGACUUCUUCGACAAGCACGAUAACUAUUCGCAGCUCACUGAUAAGACCGGAGUGAAGGGUGGCGAAGUGAUGAUGUCAUACAAGUCCAUCUUCCAAGAUUUGAGAAGAGUCAUUGACUGGGUUCAUGUGGAGAGCUCGAUGAAGAAGCAAGUGAUGGACGAUCCAGAGAAAUAUGUCAUCCGUGACGAACGUGCUCCAAAAUUUUUGUCCCAGCUCCGUGAGCACGGCAAGAAGACCUUCCUUCUCACCAACAGUGACUGGGCCUAUACCAAUGUGAUGAUGAAAUUCAUUCUGGGAGAUGACUGGAAGUCUUAUUUCAAUAUCAUUGUGGUUGAUUCAUGCAAGCCAAGAUGGUUCGCCGAGGGUACUGUAUUCAGAGAGGUCAAUACUGAGACUGGAGCCUACAAGUUGGGAAUCCACACGGGACCACUUCGAGAGGGUGUUGUCUACUCUGGCGGAUCCUGUGAUUCCUUCCAAAAAAUGAUGAAGUGCCGUGGAAAGGAAGUGCUCUACGUCGGAGACCACAUCUUCGGAGACGUGCUUCGUUCCAAAAAAUCCAGAGGAUGGAGAACCUUCCUCGUGGUCCCUGAACUGGUCAACGAGUUGACCGUAUGGACCGACUCCAAGCCGUUGUUUGACGAGAUGGGUCGUAUGGAGAGCACACUGGCUGAUAUCUACAAGAACUUGGAUGGCGCGUCCCGUCACAAGCCGGUUGUCAAGGAUAUCGUUGAUCAGAUUAGAAAGCUCACAAACCAAAUGGAUGAGGAGUAUGGAUGCUUGGGAAGUCUUUUCAGAACCGGGGGAAGAACCACUUUCUUCGCAGCUCAAGUCGAGAGAUACGCUGACGUCUACGCAUCCUCCUGUUACAAUCUGGUCCACUACCCAUCGUUCUACUAUUUCCGCGCUCCAAUGAAGUGCAUGCCUCACGAGUUGACUGUGGACCAUGCCUCCACCCUGAGAUCCAGAUCCAACACCCUGGAACGUCAACAAAGUGUGGGACAACAGGUUCGCGGAUGGAACAAGAAGACGUUGAACGACCAGGAGACGUUCUGUCAUGAAGAAGAAGAGGAUGAGGAUCAAACAAAUAGCAGCAGCAGUGAUGGAGAGGCGCCGAAGCGUGAACGCACCAAGUCGGGCAGCGACGAAUCGUCGAACGCUGGCGAUGUUCAUGUGGAGCCACACCAAGAUGUUGUCACUCCAGCUCCUGCAUUUGUCGAGCACACCGCUUAA